GCAGCCUUCGGAACAGAAAUAAAAAUAAUGUGAAUACACCAACUCAAACCGAACCCGAAGUCAACUCAGUCGGGAAAAUAUUGUGCCGGAAAAUGUGAAAAGCUCCCGUACACCGUCCGUUCUGUCCCCGCUUUUUUUCUGUACACCGGUAAGCACCAUCCGUAAGCGUUAUUUCUCGUUUGUUGUCUUCGGCGUGCCGUACGAGCAAAACGGAAAAAAAUCACGCCGCUAUAUGAUAAUUGCCAGCACCAGCACCACCGUCCCGGUCGCACAAUCAAACACAAGCCGGCAAUACAUCAUCCACGAUCAGAAAUAGCACAAACAGAGAUCACGAGUUUUGGGAGGAAGAAAGAAAAGAGCAAACAAACUCGUGCGGCAAGAUGUGCUAAACCAAACGAAUUUUUCUUCCUCCCGCGAGACCACAACAACACGCUAUUGGAGGGGAUAAAGGCGCGCCAAAAAAAAAUCAACCCCCUUCCACCGGGGGGGAGAAGGAGGUCGAGGAAGGAAACAUACUUUUGAAAUACCGACGAUGAAAAUCAACGAGAAAAAUCUGUGCACGUUCGCCACCACACCCCCGGUCGAUCUGGAGGGCUGGAUGAACAAGCGGGGCGAAUCGAACAAGAGCUGGCAGCGGCGGUGGUUCGUGCUGAAGGGCAACUUGCUGUUCUACUUCGACAAGCGCACCGAUAAGGAACCGCUCGGCAUGAUCAUCCUUGAAGGCUGCACUGUGGAGCUAGCGGAAGAAAGUGAGCAGUACUGUUUUCAGAUCAUAUUCCACGGUCCGAACAAUCGGUCGUACUACCUCAGCACGGAAUCGCAAACCAAUAUGGAACAGUGGAUGAAAGCCCUUACCUGCGCCGGGUACGACUACAUGAAGCUAAUGGUAGCGGAACUGCAGCGGCAGCUAGAUGAAAUCGAAGGCCAAUGUCGAGAGAAAACGCCCGAAACAACGCCGAUGCUCGCGCCCCCGAAAGCACCCCCGAGACGGCACAAUCCGUUCAACAAACCGCUCACCACGGAGUACGCCUCGAAUGCAGAUACCACGCGCGUACCGGAUGAUGGAACCGGAACAAGCCCACCGACGCGCACCGGCAGGAAAGUACCGGCCGCAUCGUCCACCACACCGAGCCCAAGCAAACCGGACCGACCGGAAGCGAUACCGAACCGGACCGCCGGUAAGCAAACCGUAACGGGCACGAAAUCGAGCGAUGCGAUUGCGACGAUGGCCACCACCGGCGGGGCACCGCUCGAACGGGGUGCCGUCGUAUCAUUCUCCUUCGAAACGAUGCAUUCGGCCCUCGGUGUGCCGGUGUUGGCCGAUCUGAGCAAGUGGAAUGCAAGCCGGCAGGAGCUAGCGCAAACCAGCAACGGUACGGACCGGACGGAACCGGAAGACGACGCAAAGCAGAAGGAGGAGAUACAGCUGAAUGAAAAGCGACCCGUGCCGGAAGAAUCCAACACCGGUCUAGCCGCGUUAGAGUGAAGCAGUUUGAUAAUCGGAAAACUUUCCUUCGCAAAAGGGGAAUCCCGCACCGGAAGAAGAUACUUGCGCAAUGCUUAGCUGGGGGUUGUAAACUACAGGGCGACAAUAUUCCUUUGCGUUGGUUUUUAGCUAAUUUUAAAUAGGGCUUCUCUAUUACUUUUCUACUGUUUUGCCCCUCCCCGUUUUCCUGCCUUUCUCUUUCUUCGAGUUUUCGGGAGAAAAACAACACCACCGCAGACGAACUAGAAGAUGAUGCUCCCGCCUGCUCACUUACAUCACUGCAUCCAUGCACUAAGCUUAACAUUCGUAGCGGUUCUAGUGGUUUAAUGGGCUACUUCGUUUUGUUUCCUGUUCUGUUUUCGUUUUAGCUUAACAUAACAUAACAAACACAUCCCAAUUAAAUAGGUCUUGUUUUUUUGUUUUGUUUGCAUUUAAAAAACAUGUUUGCUUUGUUUCGAAAACUUACGCUCUAAUUAUUUAGCCCUUUAUUUGCUUCUGUUUUGCUGUUGUACUUUUUUGUUUUGUUUUCAUUUGCUCUUUUUCCCACCCCCUUUUUGCCUACUGACGACGUUGUAUGAUAGACGGAAAAAUUAAUUUUAAUUAUCGAUGCAUAAAUCUAACCUAUUACCAAAACUUAAUUUAAUAUUUUCUAUUUAUAUACAUACACACACACGCCUACAUUCACGCACACUGUUUUUCCUCGUACUCCCGGCCCUCAUUCGUCCUUCCCGAUACAUCAACCCAUACAACACUUUCAAACAAACCACCACACUACCCAACUCCAGCAGUAAAACGUGCUCGAAAGCGGAAACCUCUCGAAUCACACCUGUAGCAUGUGUUGUCGAGCAUUGUUUGUCGACGAAAUUGGGAAUUCUAGAACGUGCCUGCUUUAAAAUAGUUUCGUUUACGUACGGUAGUGUAAUGGUAGUAGCAAGAAGACGAGAACAUGCCAAAUACUGUAUACCCGUACCACGUGAAGCAACCCCGGUGCAUCUGUCUGUACGUAUUGCGUCAAUUUACACGUCCACAGUGGUGUGUGCCGAGCAUGUAGUAGACUGUAGUAAACAUAUGAAAAAUGGGUUCCUUUUACCCCCCGCGGUUUUUCACUCUCUCUCUCUCUAUAUAUCUUCCAUCACCAUCCAACUUCACGCUCUCCGCCAACUUCUGUGCCAAAUUAAGAAAUACAAAUAAAUAUUAAAAACCGUUUGCUUUGUUUUUAAUUCGAACGCGCCUAUUUUAUGGUCUUAUAGUCAGGGCUAGGGCUAGGGUAGAGUGUAGAAGGGGUUUUGUGCAUUCAUCAAACAAAAUCGAACAAAUUGUUUUAGUUUGUUUCAGUGCGUUGCGUUUCGUUUUUUCGGAGGUUUGGAUGGAGAUGACCGUAUAGGUAAACAGGCAACACAAGCGAAUUCGAACUUUUGCGCCUUACAUUAUUAUUUAUGAUAGAGUAAAAAGUAAAAUAAAAUUGUUACUAAUGAAUAAAACA